CCCUGCUGAUAGGGUGUCACUCUCUCUGGGGCGAAGAGGAGGGCAGGCAGUACAAUACAAGCUCUGGGACACAAAUCUACCUGGAAAUCUAUAUUCCUCUUCCUCUGAGCCACACCUAUUCUAGGACCUUCUGGGACCUGUGGAUACCUGGGUCUUAGCCAUGCCUCUCACAACUCCCGCCCCUUCUAACAAGAGGAAGGCCAACAAGAUCAUCACUGACCUGUCCAACAUCACCCAGAAUGAUGAUGAGUCAGAUCCCGAGGCCUCUGAGCUCAACCUGGGCACCAAGAUCAAGACGCCCAAGGACGUGAUGCUGGAGGAGCUCUCCCUGCUCAAUAACAAGGGCUCCAAGAUGUUCAAAAUGAGGCAGCAGAGAGUUGAGAAAUUCAUUGUGACCAACGAGAACAAGCAGAACCUCCAGAACCUGCUGAUGUCCCCACCAAAGCCUGAGAUGCCAAAGGAAGAAGUGGUGGAGGAGACAGUGGAUGAGGAGGUGGAGAAGGAGAAGAGGAAGGAGGAGUAUGUACGCACCUAUGUAUCGCCAUGGGAAAGGGCCAUGAAGGGCAACGAGGAGCUGACAGUCACAAUGAAGGCCUCCAUGCCGGGACCCAUCCAGAUGCACCCAGAACUACCUCUGUACAAGAGCUUCAACAGGACGGCGUUGCCAUUUGGUGGCUAUGAUAAGGCGCCUAAGACACUGACCUUCGAACUCCCAGAAUUCAACGUUGCCACAGAGGAGCCGGAGCCUCUGUCCACCCUGCAGGCCGACAUCCGCUCACGCCCCUCAUUCAACCGCACGCCGAUCGGCUGGGUCUGCAGUGAGGACAACUCACAGAUCCACAUGGACCUGGACAACAUCCCCUUCGACGGAGAGACAGAUGACCUGUGAACACGCAUGCCCACAAAAGCAUAUUUACAGUACAUGUAGCUUGAAACACACAAAGUACAUGCACUGGAACUCAUAAACACAUACAUACAUGGAGAGUACACCCUCACACAGUGUAUACUGUGCAUUAGGCACAGUUCAUAAUUUACACCACAUACACUGACAACAUAAACACUGUUAGAUCUGCUGAGGCUCCCAUGAACACAUGUUGAAAUGUACUUUAACUACCUAGAAUGAAAUAAACAAAAAAGGAUUUAACAAUGA